AUGAACGGAUUGUGUUCAGAUGCGGACAACUCAGCAGCAUCAAACAUGGAUCCUUUACUAUUCAUUCUUGUGCAAGCUCAUCGGAAGACGCUGGUGAAAGAAAAACUGCACAAUGCUUUCAAGAUGGUUUCUCACAUAGUCUUGCACAAGGACUUCAACAUACAUAACAACUACGACUCGGACAUUGCUCUAUUGAAAUUAGUUGAACCUUCAGUUCUGACUGCGCGAGUCCAGUUGGUAUGUCUCCCGAACCGAUUUGACUUCUCUGAGGCCAACCUCGAGAACGGAGUGAUAGGAUGGGUGGCAGGUUGGGGUAGUGACGGUUCAGAUAUCCUCGCAGCUGUCCUGACGGAUGUUCAACUCCCGGUGAUAACCAAUCACAAAUGUGUUCGGGACACCAUUUAUUUCACGGGGGACCGCGGCGUUACUCGUACCCUCACUUCAAACAUGUUCUGCGCUGGUGUUGCAGCAGAUACUCCUCUUGAAGAUUAUCGAACAGUAUGUCCUGGAGACUCUGGGAGUCCUAUGGUCUUCCUCUCCAAUACAUCACUAGACAGCCAUUGGACAGUGGAAGGGAUCGUGAGUCACUUUUUCCAGAAAGGUGCUUGUUCUAUGAGGCGUCCUGGACAGUAUGGCAUUUUCACCAAAGUUAAUAGGUCGCUCACCAAGCUUUUGAAUAAUCUUCGAUAUGUUUUUUCGUCGAUCUUACUCCAUGAUGUUUGGACCCGCUCCAACACCUCCAGUGAACCUUUAGGUUCCAAGAUCAACAACAAAGAACAAUUCUUCUCCUCAUUAUACCACGGAAUAUUCCGUAUUGACACCUUCGGGAAGCGACCCAGCAGUUUUAGUCUGACCCAAAUUGAAGUGAACUCUUACCCCCGAAAUAUCCCCUAA